AUGACGGGCGCCAACGGUGUCAACGGUGUCAAGGCCCCUAAGCCUACAUUCCCCGCCGAGGCUGCGACGAGGGAAUAUGCCGCCUCACUAGACAAGGCAGACCCUCUGCGCGCACUCCGCGAUGAAUUCAUCAUUCCCUCCAAGGCCAAUCUGGCCAGCAAGAAGCUGGCCAAACCAGGUCUUUCCUCCGAGCCCAGUAUCUACUUCUGUGGUAACUCGCUGGGCAUUCAGCCCAAGGCCACGGCCAGGUACAUGGAGGCUCAAUUAGAUACAUGGGCGUCCAUUGGUGUCAAUGGCCAUUUCACCAAUAUUGAAGAUUCCCCGCUAUCAGAGUGGCAGAAACUCUCUGAGCAGGCUUCGGCUUCUAUGUGCAAGAUUGUUGGUGCCUCGCCAGAGGAAGUUGCUGCUAUGGGUACUUUGACGACGAACCUGCACCUGCUACUAGCCAGUUUCUACAAGCCAACGGAAACUAAGAAGAAGAUUUUGAUGGACUGGAAGGCUUUCCCUAGUGAUCAUUACGCCAUCGAGUCGCACAUUGCAUGGCACGGCUUCGAUGCCAAGGAGAACAUGGUCCUCAUUGGACCCGAUGAGGGCACUUACGAGAUCUCCACGGACAAGAUCCUCUCAUACAUUGACAAGCACGUCAACGACGCCGCUCUUCUCCUUCUCCCCGGUAUCCAGUACUACACCGGCCAGCUCUUCGACAUCCCCACCAUCACCAAGUACGCGCAGGACCGCGGCCUGACCGUGGGCUGGGAUCUGGCACACGCCUACGGCAACGUCGAGAUCAAGCUUCACGACUGGAACGUCGACUUUGCCGCCUGGUGCACGUACAAGUACGGCAACGCCGGUCCUGGUGCUAUGGGUGGUCUAUUCGUGCACGAGCGCCACGGCAAAGUCGACUACAGCGAGGGCGAGGACUCGCCCAAGUUCCGUCACCGAUUGACAGGCUGGUACGGCGGAGACCGCUCAGUGCGCUUCAAGAUGGACAACAAAUUCAAGCCCAUCCCCGGCGCAAACGGCUACGUCAUCUCCAACCCUUCCGUGAUCGACCUAACAACCCUCUGCGCCUCCCUCUCCGUCUUUGACAAAACCAGCAUGACGGGCCUGCGCCAAAAAUCCUUCAAACUAACCGCCUACCUCGAGUACCUCCUCCUCAAGGACAAUACUGAUGCAGACCGCCAAUUCACAAUCAUCACCCCGUCUGACCCGCAUGCCCGUGGCGCACAACUGAGUCUGCUGCUCAAGCCGGGUCUAUUGCAGAAUGUGGCGCAGAAGCUGCAGGAUGCAGGUAUUAUUUGUGAUAAGCGAGAGCCGGGUGUUGUUCGGGUGGCGCCGGUGCCGUUGUAUAAUACUUUUGAGGAGGUGUUUACAUUUGUGGAGGUUUUUAAGAGUGCUUUGUCGCAGUAG